CCUUCAGGCUUCAAGUAAGGCAAUCCCAUCCCCAUCCCCACAAAUAAGGAUACUAUAUAUAUAUAUAGUGAUUUGUUUUGAUCCAUCCAUCCAUCCAUCCGUUGUCCUGAUCUCCUGCGGUCCACCCCUUAUUCUUCUUCUUCUGUUUAUCAUUCACUCCCUCAUUUAUCACCACUUCUUCUUCUUCUUCUUCUUUCUUCUUGGUACUGUAGUACUAACUAGUACCGGUACUGUAUAAUAUAUAUAUAUAUGGGAGGCUCAGGGUCAGGCUCAUCCUGUCUCAGCAUCGUCUCCCUCGCCGGGGCCUUCCUCCGCCGCUCUGUGGCCGCUGCUGGGCUCUCCUCCCACACUGUUGCGAUCGACGACGACACCACCAUCCACUUCUGGGGUCCUGCGGUGAGUGCGACCUCUUCCAAUUCCAAUUCCAAACCUAACCUGGUCCUCAUCCAUGGGUUCGGCCCUGAGAGCAUAUGGCAAUGGCGCCACCAAAUGUGCUUCUUCGCCCCCUUUUAUAACGUCUACGCCCCCGACCUGCUCUUCUUCGGCGACUCCUACACCAAGUCCCCCGAGAGAUCCGAGCUCUUCCAGGCCGCCUGCUUGGUCAAGCUCUUUGACAAACUCGGACUCCGCCGGUACUGGGUAGUAGGCACGAGCUACGGGGGAUUUGUGGCGUACUGGAUGGCGAGCAUGUGGUCGGAGAGGGUAGAGAAGGUGGUGAUCGCCAGCUCGGCCGUGAACAUGGUGGCCACCGACAACGCAGACCUGCUCAAGAAAGCCCAGGCGGAGAAGAUCGAGGACCUGCUGCUGCCCACCACCGGCCGCCGCCUUCGGACCAUGCUCGCCUUCGCCCUCUACAAGCGGCCCCCUGUCUACAUCCCCGCCUUCUUCCUCGACGACUUCAUCGACAAACUGUACUCCGAAAAUAGGGCGGAGAAGCUGCAGCUGCUGAAAGGAUUGAGCGUGGGAAAGAGCGACCAUCCCCUUCCAUUAUCUCCACUCUCACAGCAAGUGUUGAUUGUGUGGGGAGAGCAUGACCGGAUAUUCCCAUUGGAGAGAGCCAGACAGCUGCAGAAACUGCUGGGGGAGAGUACUCAAUUGGAAGUGAUGGAGAAGACGUCACAUGUGCCCCAACUAGAAGAUCCGCAUAAAUUCAACUUCAUUCUCCGCAGCUUCUUCUUACAGCCCCAGCUGCAAUGACAUACAUACCUGAUACCUGAACCUGAUAGGCUGAUACUGCCUUCUUUCUUAUUAUUUAUAUAGAUAAAAAAAAUAUAAUAAUAUAUAGGUUAUAUAUGUAUGUUACGUCGUUGAUCUAGUAGUCUGUUUGCAUCUCUCUUCAA